AAGUUUGUUAUUAUGCCAAUACUUUAGCGUUAUCUAAAACGUGUAUACAAAACGUGCAAAUUGGAUUGUAGCGUAGCAAAAAAUUGCUAAGUGCCUUCUCUUGAAGCGCUGCCAGCUUCUAAAUCUAAACGACAGCGACAUAGAAGUGCGAAGCUGAAGAAAAUUAUUGCAUAUUAACAAAGAUCGAGAACGAGAAGACACGAAAGUUAGAGCCGUAGCUGAGCGCAAAGGGCAGGGAAAAAUAAGGUAAUCGCAAAAUAUUCGCGAAAGCAGGCACUGCUGAAAAAGAAGGGGCCCCGGGCCCAGUUACUAUGAGUGCCGCCAAGAAAUAUAAGCCUAUGGAUACAACAGAACUGCACGAUACAGAGAAUAUUGCUGCUUGCAUCAAGAAGGGUGAGAACACCGCAUUAAAUCUGGGCCGCAGUGCUUUUGGUGCCCAAAAUAUGAACUCUGCGUCCACAACAACAAACGGUGAACGGUUGCCAAACUUUUCCAAACUGAGUGCACAACAUGGCAACGAUUUACGUUCGACAUCAACUACCUCAAAUCUUCUUAAUCGCAUGGGCUCUAAUCAUAACAGCAAGCCAGGUGAUGUCAAGAAGAUAGUGAUUAAGAAUUUUAAGGCUAAGCCCACACUGCCCGAUAACUACUCCGAGGAUACUUACUUGAAGCUUGAGGAGGCUGUUAUUGCUAUCCAGCUAUCGAAGCCUAUCAAGUAUUCUCUUGAGGAGCUUUACCAAGCCGUUGUGAAUAUGUGCAGUCAUAAAAUGGACGCGCAGCUGUACGCAAAAUUAAAGGAGUUGACCGAGCAGCACGUCAAACGUAAUAUCAAGUAUAAGGAGCUCACCGGUGGCAGCAUUGAUAAAUUGAUUUUGCUGGAGAAAAUCAAUAACUGGUGGCUGUCGUUUUGUCAACAAAUGAUUAUGAUACGAAGCAUAUUUUUGUACAUGGAUCGGACGUAUGUGCUGCAAAACUCGUCGAUUCACUCAAUAUGGGACAUGGGGCUGGACCUCUUUCGCAUACAUUUUGCCCAGAACAGUCUGGUGCAGAAACGCACCGUUGAUGGAUUGUUAGCGAUGAUCGAAAAGGAACGUCAAGGCUCCACUGUGGAUCGUGGCUUGCUCAAGAGUCUUGUGCGCAUGCUGUGUGAUCUGCAAAUUUAUACCAACGCAUUCGAAGAGAAGUUCCUUGAUGCCACCAAUCAACUGUACAAGGCUGAAAGUCAACGAAAAAUGCUGGAGCUGGAGGUUCCCGAGUACUUACAACAUGUAAACAAACGUCUUGCCGAAGAGAACGAACGUUUGCUACAUUAUUUGGACUCUAGCACAAAACAUCCGUUAAUAUAUAAUGUGGAAAAGGAAUUGCUUGCCGAGCACCUAACGACAAUAUUGCAAAAGGGCCUUGAUUCUUUACUAGAGGACAACAGACUGAAUGAUCUAACACUUUUGUAUGGUCUGUUAAGCCGAGUGAAGAACGGCACUUCAGAGCUGUGUGGCAACUUUAAUGGUUACAUCAAGAAAAAGGGACGCACUAUUGUUAUUGAUCCCGAGAAGGAUAAGAGCAUGGUGCAGGAUUUGCUCGACUUCAAGGAUAAAAUGGACAUAAUUGUGCGGAACUGUUUUGAGCACAAUGAAAAGUUUACAAAUUCCUUGCGCGAAGCUUUCGAAUUUUUCAUUAACCAACGCGCUAAUAAACCAGCGGAGCUCAUUGCUAAAUAUGUGGACAUGAAACUUCGUUCUGGAAACAAGGGAACCACCGAUGAAGAGCUUGAAAAGACCUUGGAUAAAAUUAUGGUAUUGUUUCGCUUCAUUCAUGGUAAGGAUGUAUUUGAGGCUUUCUACAAAAAGGACUUGGCCAAGCGAUUGCUUGUUGGCAAAUCAGCAUCUGUUGAUUCUGAAAAGAGCAUGCUGUCCAAAUUGAAACAAGAGUGUGGUGGCGGCUUUACCUCCAAGUUGGAGGGCAUGUUCAAAGACAUGGAAUUGAGUCGGGACAUUAAUUUAGCAUUCAGAGGUCACACACUAAGUAACGAUAGGGAUGUCACCAAUCUGGACUUAACUGUCAACAUACUUACUAUGGGCUAUUGGCCAACAUAUCCACCAACAGAAGUCACAAUGCCGCCCCAAUUUGUAAAUCCGCAGCAAAUUUUUAAUAAGUUCUACUUAGAGAAGCAUAGCGGACGUAAACUUCAAUGGCAGCCCACCCUGGGCAAUUGUAUGCUUCGUGCACAUUUCGAUGCGGCUCCCAAAGAGUUGAUAGUCUCAUUGUUCCAAGCUCUGGUACUGCUGCUGUUCAACGACAAGCCCACGCUAAGUUAUGAGGAGAUUCUGGCUGCGACCAACAUUGAAGAUGGUGAAUUGCGACGUACAAUUCAAUCCUUAGCUUGUGGUCGGGCACGGGUCAUCACUAAAACGCCAAAGGGGCGGGAUAUUGAGGACGGUGACCAGUUUCAUUUUAACAAUGAAUUCACAAAUAAACUGUUUCGCAUAAAGAUAAAUCAGAUACAAAUGAAGGAAACGAACGAGGAACAAAAAGCCACAGAGGAAAGAGUUUUCCAGGAUCGUCAAUAUCAAAUCGAUGCAGCUAUUGUACGGAUUAUGAAAAUGCGCAAGACGCUUAGCCACAAUUUGCUCAUUACCGAGCUCUUCAACCAGCUUACAUUUCCUGUCAAGCCUGCUGAUUUAAAGAAACGCAUUGAGUCGCUCAUCGAUCGGGAUUACAUGGAGCGUGAUAAGGAUAAUCAAAACCAGUACAACUAUGUGGCAUAAGCACAGCAUAUUGUCGCCGUCACAGCAGAACGAGAAACCGAUGAAC